CUCAGCAAGACCACCACUUCCAAUCAUGUUCCGUUGCGUUCUUGUCCUGGCUCUGGCCACCUGCGCCUUCGCUGGCUACCUGGGCUACGGCGGCUACUCCGUGGCUGCCCCCUUGACCUCCGCCUACUCCACCGUCCACCAUGCUCCAGUCGUUUCUACCCUCGGCUACGGCCAUGGUCUUGGCUACGGCUACGGUCUCGGCUACGGUCACAACCUUGGCUACGGAUAUGGUCUGUCCGGCUAUGGUCUCGGCUACGGCUAUGGACUUGGCGGUCUUGGCUACGGUGGUUUCUACAAGAAAUAAACUGAACUUCUGACUAGUGUCCAUAGGUUGAGGUGACAAGGACGCUCCAAAAAGGAUAAGCAAAGCAUAUAACAAAAUCAACAAGAAGCCCGGCCGACGUCACAGCGUUCGUGAUUGAAUAUGAUGAUUUUAUUCUCUACAUAGUUUGAAUCAAUAAUAUUAGGUUAA